GUUGCAAGCACAAGGAACCGUCGGACACCCUCAGACGUAUGCUGGUGCAACUGAUGUUGUCAGAAAGACAUAUGCUGCAGAAGGUAUUCGAGGGUUUUACAAAGGUCUUGCACCAGCAUUAACAAAGGUUGUACCUUCAGCAGCAAUAACUUACCUGGUCUAUGACAAGUCAAAAACGAUUUUCCACCUCAAAUAG